UUAGGCACCGAACCCCACCAAGACAGAGAGGAAAUUCACAUCUGUGGGACGCUCCACACAGAACCACCUCCAGCGAGGGAGGCCAGGGGACUGCAGCACGGAGAUGAAGGGCUAGACCGAGGGAACGCUGCUCAUGCGACGGCCGGGAGCGCCUGCGAGCUGGAUCUGGUGGAGGAUGCUGCGGCAGGUGCUUCGCAGAGGGCUCCAGUCGUUCUGCCACAGGCUGGGUUUGUGCGUGAGCCGGCACCCGGUCUUUUUCCUCACCGUGCCCGCAGUCCUGACAAUCACCUUCGGCCUCAGCGCGCUCAACCGCUUCCAGCCCGAGGGCGACCUGGAGCGCCUGGUCGCUCCCAGCCACAGCCUGGCCAAGAUCGAGCGCAGCCUGGCCAGCAGCCUUUUCCCCCUGGACCAGUCCAAAAGCCAGCUCUAUUCGGACUUACACACCCCUGGGAGGUAUGGCAGGGUGAUCCUCCUCUCCCCAACCGGGGACAAUAUUUUGCUCCAGGCUGAGGGGAUCCUGCAGACCCACCGAGCCGUGCUGGAAAUGAAGGAUGGGAGGAACAGUUUUAUUGGACACCAACUGGGCGGGGUAGUGGAAGUGCCAAACAGCAAAGAUCAGCGGGUCAAGUCAGCCAGAGCCAUUCAAAUCACCUACUACCUCCAGACCUAUGGCUCUGCCACCCAAGACCUCAUAGGGGAGAAGUGGGAGAAUGAGUUCUGUAAGCUUAUAAGGAAGCUCCAGGAGGAGCAUCAAGAACUCCAGCUCUACUCUUUAGCAUCCUUUAGCCUCUGGAGAGACUUUCAUAAGACCAGUAUCCUGGCCAGAAGCAAGGUCCUGGUGAGCCUCGUGCUGAUCCUGACCACAGCCACCCUCUCCAGCUCCAUGAAGGACUGCUUGCGCAGUAAGCCCUUCCUGGGCCUCCUGGGGGUGCUCACAGUAUGCAUCUCCAUCAUCACAGCAGCAGGGAUCUUCUUCAUCACCGAUGGAAAGUACAACUCCACCCUGCUGGGAAUCCCGUUCUUCGCCAUGGGUAACUAUCCAUCCUUGUGGUAA